UCUGUUCCAACACAACAAGAAAACGAGUCAGACAACUUUGAUUUAGCGAUGCAUGAUCCGGAUUACUUUGGGAUAAAAGCAGGUGUGUACUAUCGAGGAUAUGGAAUAAUCGUGAAACAAUCAACUCAUUGAACUGAGUUGGCGCGAGGAAGAUAUAAAAGGGAUGGUAUGGUUUCCACAUGGACCUGAAGGAAAAUCUUGCCCACUUGUUACUGUUCGGAAUCUCUGGCCUUUUAACUUGACGCUUUUUCUCCUCUCUCAACCUUUGAUUCCAGAACUUCUGGCUUGGGCGAUGUGUGUAUUUCUAUACUGGUUUAUUUUCCCCCUGGUUACAAUGUUCGUUUCGUUUUAUGUCUAUUUCCACCAUUUUUGGAAGUCAUGUUUCUAGAUAAUGAAAUGUGAAUGAUCUUGAGAUAUAUU